AUGACCACGAAGCAAAGCGCCGCCGGCCACCCCCACGACCAUGUCGUCGAGGGCCUCGGCAUCACCCCUCUCAAAGGCCACCUGGUGCCGCUGAAGACCAAAGGCGAAAUCCGCGCGAGCAAUGAACUGAUCAACGUCUACGUCGUCGAGCUCCCCGCCCGCUCCGCCAACGCCGUCCUCAGCAUCCUCCGCAGCGCCCUGCCCGCCGACACCACCGCCACCACCGACAUCCAACACCUCCGCCGCGUCAUCAAGCCGGCCUUCCUCCCCGCGCCAGCCCGCGCCCUCCUCUCACCCAACGGCGCCCCACCCGCCGACCCCCCCUCCUCUUCCAACGGCGACGAAACGCGCCUCCUCCUCAUCAGCCCAACAACGCAAAUCGCCCUCCCCGCCCUCUCCGCCCUCCUAUCCGCGCACCCGCCCUUCUCCUCUUCCAACACCAGUACCGACCUCCCUUCCCCCUUCCCCCUCACCAUCCACACCCUCCCCGUCCCCGCCCUCGCCCCCACCUCCGCCCCGCAGGCCCACUCCUGGUCCACCACCUACUGGCCCGUCGCCUACAAGCACACCAACCCGUUCGGGCCGCACCCGGCAUUCGUGGCGCGCGCGGCGGGCGAGGUCGCGCCGCGCGCGGGGCUGUGGCUGGCUUUGGCGGCGAGGGGCGCGCGGGAGGCGGUCGGCGCGGGGAUGACGACGGCGGAGGCGGGGGUUGGGGCGGUGGUGGUGGAGAGGAGGUUGGAUGGGAAUGGGAGGCAGGUUGAGGGGGAGAGGGUGGUUGUGGUGGCGGGGGAUGGGAGGGGGUGUGGGGGUGAGGGUGGGGGUGGGAAUGUCAUGGCGCAUGCGGUUAUGCGGGCGAUUGGGAUGGUGGCGAUGAAGAGGGUGAGGUUGGAGGAGGCGGAGGCGGAGGCGGAGGCCGCGGGCAAGGAUGACGACGAGGGAAGCGGUGGAGGGGCGGGUGGGCGACGGGGCGACGACGCUGAGGAGGAGGAGGAGGAGGAGGAGGAGGAGAAGAAGAAGAAGGAGAAGCCUUCGCGCGCCUGCUGCGAUCCCGUCGAGUCGGUCUUUGCGGUGCGGCCGCGCACCGCCGUCGAGCGCGCGCUGUUCGACCGCGACGACAAUCUCGCGCCGAGCGGAUACCUCUGCGUUGACUUGGAGAUUUACCUCACGCAUGAGCCGUGCGUCAUGUGCUCCAUGGCCAUUUUGCACUCGCGCUUCAACAGGGUCGUCUUCGCCCGCCGCAUGCCGCGCUCUGGUGGCCUGACGGCGGACGAGCGGGGCCUGGGUCACGGCUUGUUCUGGCGACCGACCGAGUUGAAUUGGAAGUUUCUGUGCUGGGAGUUUGUGGAGGAUGAUGGUGUUGGAGAUUCCGAAGGUGACAGAGAGGGAGAUGAGAUCGUUGUUAGUGAUGAUAUCAAUGCUUAA